CACAGUAUUUCGUAUUCUCAGUGGCUAAAUAAAUAUUACAAAUGCACACGACGACUUUUCUUCUUUCGUCUUCUAUUUUGGGAUGCUACAUUUGCAUAUUUUGUGUUAAAUUAUUACCACCCACCUAAUAUUUUACCUGAAAAAAUGUUUUUUUACAGAAACAUUUUACUACAUGCAUGGGAUAACAUCCCUGCCGAUGAAUGUAGUAUUAUAUACUUCCAAUGGCUUAAUUGAAUACAUUGAAUAGAUGUAUUUUAUAUGAGCUUAUGAUUUAUUUAUCAUGAAAUAUCUGCAUAAUGCAUGUUGAAGUAAAAUUCGGGCUUUCAAUCUCUUUUUUUUUUUUUUUUAACCGUGUCUUUCUUGAGCAUGCGCGAUUCGUGAUUCUCAGCACUCAGGAUAAUGGCUGCGAGGUGAGAGGAGUGGAUGGGCCGCAUCCCUUCAGUGUGAGGCGCCUCCAUCCAAAGUACCGUUAACUCGGGCGUCGCCGAGUUAAGAUGGUCGAUAUCCGACCCGAAAAACACCAGGAAAACGCAGAACAUAUACUGAACACCGUCCACCAACGCGCCCCCACUGUCAUCAUUCCAUCGUAGUGCACCCUUCUGCCUGCCGAUCGGAUCGAACUGAGGCCAUGGCACUGAAGGAUCGGGUGGAGGCGGUGCUCAACGUGGGUCUGCGCGUCCCCAGCAUCAUGCUGCUGGACGUCCUCUACCGCUGGGACGUCAGCUCCUUCUUUCAGAAGAUACAGCGUUCCAGUCUCUCCAACAAUCCCCUGUUCCAGUACAAGUACCUGGCCCUGUACCUGCACUACGUGGGUUACAUCCUGAGCCUGGUUCUCCUCACUCUCCCUCGUCAGCACCUGGUCAAACUCUACCUGUACGUCCUCACCGCGCUGCUGCUCUUCGCUGGUCACCAAGUCUCAAGGGAUUACGUCCGCAGUGAACUGGAGUCUGGCCACGAGGGCCCGGUCUACCUGGAGCCUCUGUCCAUGAACAGGUUCACUACUGCUCUCAUAGGUCAGCUGGUGGUGUGCACGCUCUGCUCCUGCGUAAUGCAGACCAAGAGGAUCUGGCUCUUCUCCGCUCACCUCCUCCCUCUGGUGGCCAGACUGUGUCUGGUCCCACUGGAGACCAUCGUCUUCAUCAAUAAGUUUUCCAUGAUCUUCACCGGCCUGGAGGUCAUUUACUUCCUGGCCUCCAACUUACUGGUACCGUACAACCUGGCAAAGACGGCCUACAGGGAACUGGCUCAGGUGGUGGAGGUGUACGGCCUGCUGGCUCUGGGCAUGUCCCUGUGGAACCAGCUGGUUCUUCCAGUUCUCUUCAUGUGUUUCUGGCUGCUGCUGUUUGCUCUGCAGAUCUACUCCUACUUCAGCACCAGAGACCAGCCUACCUCAAGGGAGAGGCUCCUUUUCCUCUUUCUCACCAGUGUUGCAGAGUGUUGCAGUACGCCGUACUCUCUGCUGGGUCUGGUCUUCACCGUCUCCUUCAUCGCUCUGGGCGUUCUCACACUCUGCAAGUUCUACCUGCAGGGCUACAGAGCCUUCAUGAACGACAACACCAUGCACAGGGGGAUGACUGAAGGCAUCACGCUGCUGAUCCUGGCUGUCCAGACUGGCCUCAUCGAGCUGCAGGUCAUCCACAGAGCCUUCCUCCUCUCCAUUAUCCUCUUCAUCGUCGUCGCCUCAAUCCUGCAGUCCAUGCUGGAGAUAGCAGACCCUAUAGUCCUGGCCCUGGGAGCCUCCAGAGACAAGAGUCUGUGGAAUCGGAGCCUGUCGCUCUGUCUGUUCCGGCUGAUCUUCCCGGCCUACAUGGCCUACAUGAUCUGUCAGUUCUUCCACAUGGACUUCUGGCUCCUCAUCAUCAUCUCUUCAUCCAUCCUCACCUCACUUCAGGUUCUUGGCACGCUGCUCAUCUACAUUCUCUUCAUGGUGGAAGAGUUUCGUAAAGCGCCCGUGGAAAACAUGGACGAAGUCAUCUACUGCGUCAACGGUACCUAUCGACUGCUUGAAUUCCUAGUUGCUGUGUGCGUGGUGUGCUACGGCGUGUCGGAGACGGUGUUCGGGGAGUGGAGCGUGAUGGGAAGCACCAUCAUCCUGGUCCACUCGUACUACAACGUGUGGCUCCGGGCCCAGCUGGGCUGGCAGAGCUUCCUGCUCCGGAGAGACGCCGUGAACAAGAUCAAGAGUCUUCCCACGGCCAGCAGCGCGCAGCUGGAGCAGUACAACGACAUCUGUGCCAUCUGCUACCAGGACAUGAACACGGCGGUCAUCACCCCCUGCAGUCAUUUCUUCCACGCUGGCUGUCUGAAGAAAUGGCUCUACGUUCAAGAGACCUGUCCUCUCUGCCACUCGCAGCUCAAAAGCCAAUCACCAGCCACCGCUGUCCCAGGCCAAGACGCCCCGGCGGCCAAUCAGAGUCCUGCAGUGCAGGACGAUGCCGCAGCCAAGAAGCCGGAAGACGGUGUUCCUCCAGGGGAGGGAGAGGAGGAGCAGGAGGGAGGAGAAGGUCCUGGAGAACCUUCCUGCCAUGUGCCUGCUGCUUCACCGCACCCUGAAAAGACUGUUUCCUCGCCCUCAUCCUCGCUCCCCUCUGAUGGCGUCCAGAACCACCCGCCCCUGGAUCCCUGCAGUAUGUCCUCCUCCUCCUCCUCCUCCUCCUGCUGCUCCUCUGACAGUUCAGACACAUCCUGCUCUCCUUCUCCUCUCCCUGACUCCUCCAUCCAUCACAACCUCUCCUCACAACUACAUGUCCAGGCUGACAUCACCCCUACUCACCCUCAUCCUGCCCCAGACCUCCUCAUGGACCUCCAUCAUUCAUCCUCUGAGCAGUCGCCUCCUCCUCCUCCUCCUCCUCCUCUCCUGAGCAGUCUCUAAACCUCAUCAGAACACAGGCAGAAUCCAUGCUUCACAUAAAAAAAACACCGCCAGUCGCCUCGACGAUGUCCUUUUUUUUCCAAAUGGGUCCAAAAUCCCAUUGUCAGGAGGGAAGACUCGAAACAAUCUUCCUUUUCAAACCAGGAUAAAUCGACUCCGGUUCUGAUCCAAACGUGUCGCAGUUAAUCUCAUGCCAGCAACCCCCAAAAAUUUGAUGCAAAAGGAGGAGAGCGUUUAUCUCUUGUCUCACAUCCAGGAGAUGUCACCACCUUCUUCAUCAUCUUCAUCAUCAUCACUUACUGCUGCUGCUGCUCUUCCAUAGACAUAAGACACUAUUCCUCCUCGAUCUCUGGCCCCAUAUUUUUUUUUUUUUUUUUCAAAUCCAGGACAUUUCAUGAGACGUUUUCUUUCGUGCGGCUUCUUUGUUUUUGCAGCUUCACACCCGCUCUGGUUCUUUUUUCUUCAUGUUUGGGCCGUAGCCGUAGCCCAGCGUGUGCCAUGACCUCCUGAGGAGUGGGCUGACGGACGGUACAGGACGGAGAGGUGCUUUUAACGUGGUGAAGUUUUCAACAUUUCAUAGAUUUUUUUUUUUUUUUUUUGGUGAGGUGGUGUUUCACUGUUGUUCACAGACUGGAUGUCAUUUGUAGAUGUUGACAUGUGGACAAAUUCAGUUCUAAUUCACGUAGAUCACAUUUUCUCCAUCUUUUUUUUUUUUUUUUACCUUAACGGACAGUACAGGGCUGUCACAUGUUCUGGCUCAAAUGUUUCCAUUGAUCAUGUCGUAGUUCAGUCAAAAAAAAGGUCAAGUCAAGGUCAAGUCCUUGCACUUUCACGCUCCAGCUGUUGUAUCCUGUAGUAAAAUUAUUGCCAAAACGAAUGAGGACCACGGCUCUACUGUGCAGGCACAGAGGCAUUAUCAGCCUACAGGUGUGUUUUGGCUUUGAUUUACUGCAGAAGAAGAUCUGAGCUGCAUCUAGAGCGCCCUCUGCUGAAGCCUAGUGGACUAACGCUCUCUGAGGCACACCAGAUUUGAGUAGAUAUUUGAAGUUAGAAUAAAACGUGGUGACAGCCCUACGACUGAAUCAGUCCCACAACAGUCAGUAUGGACGAAACUGAACAGGAAGUUAAAUGACGAAACGCGGCCGUCCUUUGACGGGGAGUCCACGCGUCGCUGUCAUCGUCUUUGACUUUCCAGCUUCACCGUCCCUCCCUUUAGGUCCAGGCCAUACCAACGUUUGCCAACGAAUCUCUGAGACAGUUUUCCAUCGCCUUAGCCAAUCCCAUCCCACCAAUCUUUUUAUUUUUUUGUUAAAGCGACCAUCAUCAUCAUCAUCCUCCCACCCUCUUCCUCCCUGUCAAAUGGUACUACCAGCAAAUCAAGCUACGAGCGGGCGUUUGUUUCAGCUUUAUUUCACACACACGCAAACGUGCACACACUUGGAUUCUGUGCUUGAUAAAGGAGACGCGGGGGGAGGAGGAGGAAAAGUGUGCAUGUGUGUUUUCGAAAAGUCGGAACGACUUUAAACCUGAGAAUGCCCAGUCCUGAUGCACGCUAAUAUGUCGAGCUCGCACGCCGCCACGACGACCAUAGCAUUUAUACGUUUGUACCCAGUGUGCGCUAACCUCGCUAAUGGUUUUUUUUUUUUUUUUUUUUUUUUUUGAAUUUUCUUCUCUCUCUUUAUAGAAUUCUAUCAUUUCUUUUCGUGUCACAUUUGCACUAAUAUCCUUUGUACUAGCAACGCUCCAAAGCUGUUCUGUGGCUGUCGACAACCAAAUACUCACUGAUGUGUUUGUGUACGAGGAAACAGACUCUGUUUGUGUGUAUUGUAUAUAAAUGUUUCUCCGUACGGCGUCCUUAUCAAACCAGAGGAGUGUUGAUUUGUAAAAAGAAAAAGAAAAGAAAAAAAAAAGUAAUAAUAAUUGCAGAGGCUUGAGUUCUCCGAAGCUUCCCGGCGGGAACGACGUUCCACAACGUGAAGCUCUUUGGAGAAACCAAGCCUCCUGAUCUGAGACCAGCCAGUGUUGCCGUCUCUCCCGUCCGUAUGAUGCAUCCUCAACGCUGGUGUGAUCACUCCGGUGCCCUCUACUGUUAGGAGUGGGAUCAGCAUGGUGCAGAUGUUUCGGGGUAGGUGGCGGUCAACCCUCAGCAGUAUUAUUGAACCACCACCAGUUACGGUCCAGUCACUACCUGUGGCUUUGUGUUUAAAGUUGAGGAGUUUCAGCUGCAGGGCUCUGAAUGAAUACAUGGUCAAUGUAGGAUCAAACCUGCGCCGUGCUGUUACUCUUUACAUUUUGUUUUUUAUUAUUAUUAUUAUUUUUUUUUUUUUUAGAGAUGACAAGUAGAGAAUGUUUGUAUUUUUGAACAUGUUCCUGGGAGAGGUGAACAUGACGACUUCACGUGUUCUUCAUUUAUUUUUCAAUUCUCAUUUCCAUUCUUUUGAGCUUUGAUUUUUUUUUUUCUUCAAGCAGAGCUGUGGAAAUGGUCAAGGAAGUUUGAGCAGGUUCUUUCAUGUGUGAAGAGGUUUUGUUUUUUUAUUUUUGUUUUUGCCAUAAAACAUCUGACGAAUGUGUCAGAAGGUGUCCCACAAAUGCUGUUGGCAGUUAAAAAAAAAAAAAUUGGAUCAGUGUAGACUGAUUUCUUUUCUCCCUUUGUCCCAGAUCUUUGCUAAUACGAAGCUAACCUUUAGGAGCCGACUGUAAGACAUUUGAUGUCAAUUCAAAUUUUGCAAGACAUGCUGAAAAUAUCAUUUCAAGUGCAACGCAACAUGAAGGGAAACCUUCCUUUUGGAGAUGGACCCUGUGCCCACGUCGUAACAGUCUCAGCUGUUGCAUCAAAUCAAAUGUCUUUUUUUUUUACUCUGCCCCCUGCAGUAGCUGACAACCCGCAAGGGACCUCGCCCCCAGCUUUGAGAACCACCACCAACAGGUAUCUGUUAAAAUGUGUACCACUGACCUAACAAACACUUAUGUUUAAAUGGCGUACACUUGAGUGUCUUAUAGGGAACUGGUUCAUGUUGCACAGCACUUGUAAAGACAUUUUGAGUAAUUGUGUUCAAAAGUUUGCUUUUUUGGAGCAGCCAGGUUGCUUUCGCUAUGAUCUCUGACAGGUGGGAAAACCGUCGUCUUCGACUGCUAUAAAUAUUAUUUUUCUAAUGAAUAUUUGUCUUUGACGGUUGUGUUAAAGUCCAAUGUUUAAUAUCCUGUGGAACUGGUAUUAAACAUUAGAAAAUGUUUCUUUAAAAUUUUUUUUUUAAACUUUAAAUAUUCAAGUUACAUCUGCUGACGUUUUAUUUGAAAACGUUUGAUUUACAAUUUUGUUUUUGGUCUUUUUUUUUUUUAAUACAAACUAAGGAGCACUGCUGUCUUUAAUUAUUGUUUAACUCACAAAAAUCUGGGUGUUUCCUUUUUUUUUUUUUUUUUAAAUAAACCCUGAUCGUGACUCGUCCUGCUCAAACUGAAUUUAAAUGAUAAUCUUGUUGGCUUUUUUUCUCUCUCUCUCUCACACACACACACACAAUAAGGAGCUGUUGUGUAAAAACCAGACUGAAGAAUGAAGUUGUAUAUUCUGCUCCACGGUUGGUUUGGAUUUUUUAUGCCUGGCAUUGCCUUGGUUAGUUUACACAAAUUGAAUGUCAGAAAUAAAAUGAACCAUCCACUCUG